UCCCUGAUCUGGGAUGACCUGUUUGAUGCUCUCAGCGAAACACUCAGACGGCAACUCCUCAGGCAAAUUGGUGACGUUUGGAUUCUGUAAUUGGCGGAUGGACAGUGAAGCCAUGCUGCACGUGCUAAUAAGCUUGUUUGUAUUGUUUUCUCCCCAAAACUCAGCACUGGCUUCUCAGAAUGGCUCCGGGCCGGUCUCUCGGACCUUCUCUGCCCGCUUUGUGAUGGUGUCUGAAGAGCCUGUGGAUUACCUCGACCUGUCUGCGCUGGACAUGUUGGGGGACGACGGGGGAUCCGGCUCGCCGCCGGAGCCCGCUGAGAGACCCGUUCACCACGGCCCCCAUCGCCACCCGCACCACCACAAGCACCACGUCGUCUCCGAGGAGACCAAGGCCUUCCUGCGGGGUCGCCUGGCGACCGUUUUCGUCCCGACCGUUUACACCCUGGUCUUCAUCGUCAGCGUGCCCCUCAACCUCGUCGCCGCGGUGGUAUUCGCCCGUCACAUCCGGCCCAAGAGCUCGGCGACGGUCUACAUGCUGAACCUGGCCUGUGCGGAUCUGCUGUUCGGCCUCCUGCUCCCUUUCAAGAUCGCCUACCAUUACCACGGCAACAACUGGACCUACGGCUCCUUCAUGUGCAGGGCGGUGACCGCGGCGUUCCACUGCAACAUGUACUGCUCCGUGCUGCUCAUCAUGUGCAUCAGCGUGGACCGCUUCCUGUCCGUGGUUCACCCGGUCAACUCCCCAAUGUGGCGCAGCCCCCUGACGGCCUCAGCGGUGUGCGCCGCCAUGUGGCUGCUGUCGCUGGGAGGCGUGAUCCCCCUGCUGACCUCGGGACAGACGGUUUAUUUAUCAGACCUCCACAUCACCAGCUGCCACGACGUGCAGCCCGUGGGAAAGCUGCACUCCUACUAUCUCUACUUCUUCCCCAUCUACUCGUCCGUCUUCUUCUUCAUCCCGCUCGUCUUCACCGCCGCCUGCUACCUGCGCGUCCUUCAGGCCCUGGCGACGGCCGACAUGGAGGACCGGUCCAGGAGGGCCCGGGCCGUGGUGAUGACGGUGACGGUGCUGGCCAUGUUCGUGGUCUGCUUCACCCCCACCAACAUCAUCCUCAUGGUUCACUACGUCCAGCUGGGCCGCCGGGCGGCCGACAGCUCCUACCAGGCCUACCUGCUCUCCAUGUGCCUGAGCAGCCUGAGCUGCUGCCUGGAUCCGCUGCUCUACUACUUCGGCUCCUCGCAGUGCCGCGAGCAGAUGGCGGCGCUCUGGGGGCGCGGCGGCCUUAUGGGCGGAGAGGGGCCUGGAGGCGCCGGGCGCACCGGCAGCUGGAGGGAAAGCAGCAGGACAUGCAAGAUGGAGGCUGUGGAGACGGGAACAGGAGACCAGUACAGCAGGCUGGUGGACUAAGAGACUUCUCAAACUCACAUUUGUAGCCGAACUGUAAUUGAGACUUAAAUAUCAAGACCUGUUUCGGUGUAGAAGUCACCACAUCUAUCUUCAUGACAGUCAUCUACCUUCAGCAUGGCUCAACAUUUUCAGCCAUUCAGAUUUCUUUUCAUAGUUCAGCAGAUCAUACAGAUGAAAGCUCGUAUCAACAAUACAGUUUUAUUCUCAUUAUCAUUCCAAGCAUUUGAUUUUCAUAACAUACAGUUUGUCAUGACUUGUUACAGAUCUCCUCAGGAAAUAUUCAAAGGGGGUUGAAUCAUUUGUAGUCUGGCAUUUAUACAGCCAUAAUUCUAUGUGUGUGAAAUACAGAAAAUACAGUCAAAUCAA